CUCUACCGAGAUUGCAUUGCUUCUUUCACCGAAUUUUUGGGGGAGGAAAUGUGCUGGGGGGCGUAACAUCAGAUAUAAGAAUUUCGAAAAGGUUUUCUUUGUUGAAUCUAAUUAAUCUACAGUCAAACUAAUUUAAAUUAAUAAAGCAAAUUUAAAAUUUGGAUCAAAACUGUUCUUUCAGAAUUUUAAAUAACGAUUUGAGGUAAAUGUCAGAGAGUAUACGCGGAAUCCACCCGAAUUAACCAGGGUAUGGGUUCAUACCUCAAACUGUCCAAGGCCUGAUUUAACCUCCCAAAUCUCGGGGGAAUGUCACUUUAAUUAACCCUAGGCGACCCUGAACCGAGCCCACGGUCAUUUAUCCUCGCACACUCGUCUACCUCACCGCCUCCCCUCCCUAGAGGCAUUUUACGAGUGGGCGGCACCCGCAGUUCUUUUAGUGGAUUUUCUGACUGUGCCGUGUUUGCCGGUUGAAGUUUCUGGUGGUGAUUGAUUGGACCUUAAACCUCAACCUCUAAGCACUUCUUCUAAAGUUAUUUCUAGUUGAAGACCGAAAAUGCCGAAACCGAUCAAUGUUCGUGUUACAACAAUGGAUGCAGAGCUGGAGUUUUCCAUCCAACCCAGCACUACAGGCAAGCAGCUCUUUGACCAAGUUGUUAAAACUGUUGGCCUACGCGAGAUCUGGUAUUUUGGACUCCAAUAUACAGACAACAAAGGAUACCCAAACUGGUUAAAGCUUGAGAAAAAGGUAUCUCACCAAGAUCUGAAGAAAGAAAAUCCUGCUCAGUUCAAGUUUCGUGCCAAGUUCUUCCCCGAGGAUGUGGCUGAGGAACUAAUCCAGGAGGUUACUCAGAAGCUUUUCUUCCUUCAGGUGAAGGAAGGCAUUCUGUCUGAUGAAAUGUACUGCCCUCCUGAAACAGCUGUGCUGCUUGCUUCCUAUGCAGUCCAGGCAAAGUUUGGAGACUUCAGCAUGGAAACUCAUAAGACUGGUUACCUUACGUCUGACCGCCUGCUCCCACAGCGGUAG